AUGGAUCCUUAUAGACCCAAUCAAUAUGGCUAUCGUCCUCCUCCACCAGCAAUAGGAGCAUUUGGACAACCACCCAUUCCUCCACGAUAUCCCGCUCCUAUUCGACCGCCAGCCUAUGGAGGACAGUACAAUCUGGUUUACCGCCCACCGCCUAACCAAACAACAGCACCUGAAAGCGCAGACAAGUUGAAUACUCUAUUUGUAGGAGCCAUUGCUCCAGGCAUUAGUGAUGAAUGGAUAGAAAAGAUAUUACAAACCUGUGGUACACUAAAGCAUUGGAAGCGUGCCAAAGACGCCUCCGGAAAUCCUAAAGGUUUUGGGUUCGCAACUUAUGAAGAUCCUGAUAGUUCUUUAUGUGCACUAAGAGUCAUUGGAGGCGAAAAAACCGAUGGUGUCACUUUGAAAGCAACCGACGGCAGUCAGAUCGAAAAGAAAUUGAUUGUAAAAGCAGAUGACAAUGUACGAAGCUAUUUGGAAAACUAUCAGCAUUCAUCUAAGCAAACGACAGAGGAGCAAGACAAAGAAAUCGAUCUUGAAAAAUAUCGUACAGUCUUGAAGUACGUUGCAGCUAUAUCAAAGGGAUUAUCACCUGCUGAAGGAGAUACAGCCACCCUAUCAUCAGAACAAUUAACACCAGAAGGACAUUCAACAGAAACAACACAAAAUAACGAACAGGAUUCUCUCGCAAGAGACUUGGCCAUGUUUAAGGAACGCGCCGCUCAAAAGGACCAAGAUAAACGUACAGAAAGAAGACGUAGAAGCUCAACUGAGAGAAGAAGAGACUUUGUCAAAGGCUCUGUGGAUGAGAAAGAAUUGGCGAUGACGGAUGAAGAAAUUGAAAGAAGACGAAGAGAGAAGCAUGAACGUGAUGUUGAGAACGCCUAUCGUCACAGAGAGAAACGGUUCGAGAAUAGGCAGAAUGCUCAACUUCGUGAUUAUGAAAAGGAUAUGAAGAGAGAGAAAGAGGAAGAAGAAAGGUUGGUUAAAGACAGAGCUUAUUGGCUAGAGCGAUUGGCUAAUUGGGAUGACGAAGUUGAGAUGGAAAAAGGAGAAGAGCCAUAUUAUUCAGAUAGAUCUCGAUGGAGAAAGAUGCGAGAAAAUGUUCGUAGAAGAGAGCAUGAGCGCGAUGAAGAGGAUAAGCGAAGAGAACAACAAGAAAUAGAAGAAGAGAAACGCCGUCAGGAAGAAGAAGAGCGUAUAAGAAAAGAAAGCAAAAUAUUGAACAGAGAAGGAGAAGAUGGAAAGAUUGCAGUGAAAACUACAAAACUUAACUUUAACAUUUCAAUUAAACGAAACACGCUGGGUGGUGUUGAUGAAGAAGAAGAAGAAGAAAGCAAGAAAAAACGCCGUGUGCUUGUACCUUUAGACUAUAGCGAUAUAGACAGCCGACAGUACUCUGAUGAUGAAGAAAUGACAGUUGAAGAAAGAACAGCAAGACUCAAGAAGCUAAUUGAUUCUAUACCUAGCUCACAGAAUGAACUAUGGAGCUAUCGGGUUAGAUGGGAAGAAUUGGAUGAGCCUCUUAUCGAACAAAAGUUACGUCCAUUUGUAUCUAAAAAGAUAUAUGAAAUAUUGGGAAUGGAAGAAGAGGACCUAGUGAAUUUUGUUCUCAAGUUCAUAAGAGAAAAGAAAGGCCCUGAUGAGCUUGUGAAUGAACUAGAAGGGGCUCUAGAAGAAGAUGCAUUAGUAUUCGUAAUGAAGCUGUGGAGAGCACUCAUCUUUGAGAUAGAAAGAAAGAUUAGACGAUUGUAA